AUGCGCCUACUUCUAUGCACGAUCCUCUACCUCGUUGGAGUGAUCCAAGGCGCACCUACUACCAAUGCAACUACUACCUGCGAGUAUUUUGAAGCACCGUCAUUCACGAAUAGAAGGCUAUGGAACAUCGUCUCCGGCUCCGUUCUCACUCUUUUCGCCUGUAUAUACAGUGCCAUCCAUCCAAAUAUUCCGAGUCCUAAGGACAGCCCAUUUUGUAUCCUACGGCGGCGACUUGGCAUCAUGAUAGUGGCACUAAUUGCUCCUGAACUGGUCGUAGUAUGGGCAAUGCGCCAGUGGAUCAGCGCUCAUUACGCGUGGACUCAGACGCACAGCUUCUUUGUGUUGAUGGGCGGUUUCAUGCUUUAUGUGGACGGGGAACCCUACCGUACACUACUGCCUGAUGAGGUUCUCGAGCUGAUACGCAAAGGGUGUAUUGAUGCCCCUACCCUAACGGCAAAGCGGAUCGGCGACCGGAGCAAAGGCAAUGCUAUAUCGAAAGGAUUGAUCAUCAUUCAGGUGGCCUGGUUCAUCCUGCAGCUCAUGUCCCGCGCCAUCUAUCACCUCGAAACCACCGAGCUGGAAACAGGGACGCUCGCUUUUGCGGUUCUCAAUUUCCUGACCUAUGCUGUGUGGUGGAAUAAGCCUCUCGAUGUGCAGUGUCCAUAUCCAGUGUACUGGAAGUCGACCGAGUUAAAGCCAGAGGAUCACGUUCAUGUGUAUGUCUGCGGUUCAAUCAAUUAUGCCGUUAUUUAUUUUGUCUACCUUAGUGUGUUUGAUUAUAAUGAAGACAAUGUGGUUAUGGCAGCCAUCACUCCAUUUAUUUAUCUGAUGGGCUUCGACGUUCCCACGCGUAAGCAGCUCCGAGUUCCUACAUUUGAUGGCAGCAUCGAACUAGGACAAUCGGACAGGGUGAUUCUUAUAUUUGCCGGAGUUCUGAUGGCGACGAUCUUUGGCGGCAUCCAUUGUAUGGCUUGGUUUUUUGCCUUUCCUACAAAUCAGGAACGGCUCCUGUGGCGCAUCAGUGCCGUCGCUAUAACUUGCACACCCUGGAUUGAAUUUCUUUUGGGUGCAAUGUAUGAUAGAGAUGUCAUAGGUGCUUUCAUGGCUGGUAGUGCUAUGGUUAUAUUGGCCAUGUUGUAUAUUGCAUCUCGUGGCAUCCUGUUGGUACUUAUGUUUACGACAUUACGCCAUCUUCACGUUGACGCAUACAAGACGGUGUCGUGGAUUAGUUUGGUGCCACACUUGUAG